GCCCCACAGCGGGGUUCCAAACCGUUUGUGGUUUAUCCUUUUCCUCAGGUUGCUAUUGUUCCUGGUAUUGCUGUAAAGUGAAUAUUAUCUGGCCCAGAUAAGAAAAGAUUCUCUUGGUUCUUAGACUCUUCAGUUCAAAAGCACCUCUCACCCUCGCAGCCUACGCCCAAGACCAGCAAAACCACAGCGCCUUAACAAAAGCGCCCAACUUUGCGAUACCCCGCCAUCAAACAUUUAGAUCUACCCAUCACCACGACCCCCAUCAGUCAAAAUGGCAGGCGGCAGCGGCGCAGCUAGCUCUCGCGGCAGAGGAAAGUUCAGAAAGUUCACCCGCGGUGGCGGCAAACACUUCUCCAAGAACCUCCGCCCCCUCGACGCUGACGGCAACGAAAUGGGCAUGUGGGGCGACGCCCCAGCCAAAGACGAAGAAGAAGACUCCGACUCUGACGAUGACUCCUCGGAGGAGGAAUCCGAAGACGACAACGACGCCGUCAAAAUCCCCACGGCGGCGGCGGAGGAGCUAAGCCGCGAGGAGCGCAAGAAGCAAAAGAAGGCCGCCAAGGAAGCCGCCAUCAAGGCGAAGAAGGGACCUGUCCAAGUGGGAGAUAUGCCGUCAGACUCUGACGAGGAGGAGAGCGAGGAGGAGGCCAGCAAAAUGCCUGCCAACCCGAACCACUCCCGUGCUGCUCGCAACCAGACCAAGGUCCCCAAGAAGAGCGCGGAUGAUGACGAGGAACUCGCGGCCGGGACGAAGAAGCUGGCUGUUUCGGCGCCGAAUAAGAAGGAGAGGGAGGCCAUUGCUGCGCAGGAGGCCAAGGAGAGAUAUAUGAAGCUUCAUGAGCAGGGCAAGACGGAUCAGGCAAAGGCGGAUUUGGCGAGGUUGAGGGAGAUUAGGGCGAAGAGAGAGGAGGAGGCGGCGAGGAGAUUGGCUGAGAAGCAAGAGCAAGACGAGGCCAACCGUCUCAAGAAGGCCGAGAUCGAGGCCAAGGAGGCCAAGAAGCGCGAGGCGGCUCUUGGUCCUGCGGCGAAGAAGAAGGGCAAGAAAUGAGCAGACGACGACACUAGGCGUUGUUUUUCAUGGACGAUUCAGGCCGGCUUUUUUUGGGUUCUCUUAUUACAUUGUCUCUUAUUACAUGCGCUUUUGGUAUCCUCCUCCCCCUUUGCUCGUUACAUAUAUUUAU